AUGCUCGCAGUUUGGCAAGUUUGCAAAAGACGCCGUCAAAGCACCUUCCCUCUUCAAAGGCGUCUCCCAAAUCGUGAGAAGCCAGUUGAUGUUGAGUGCUGUAGGAGCUCUGUUAAUGGAAAUCCAACCUCCACCUGGGCAGAUAUGGCGGAUGACACAUAUGCAGCGUCAAUCACGGAAGGACCAGGUGCCGUGAACAGUGAGCAGGAUUACCUGGUCCCGUACGAGCCUGUUGUCGGCCAAAUAUUGGGCGAAGGCUCAACUUCCCGUAUUGCACUCGUGGCGCCGGGUGUCAUCAUCAAAUACCCCCGAUUCUCUUGGUGGGACUCUAAGAAAGCCGCAGACAAUGACAUGAAGCGGAGUUUUGAGGUGGAAGAACGACUUCUGCAAAUCCUAGGACUACAUCCAAGAAUAAUAGAGUUCAAGGGCGUCUCAGAUGACCCAUUUGGAUUGCUAUUUGCUGAAGCGAGCGACGGAAACCUACAGAACUACAUCGACAAGCAUCAUGCUAACAUCGACAUGUCUCUACGACUCAAAUGGCGCAUGCAGGCCGCGGAAGCGAUCCAAUUCAUCCAUCAGAAAGGGGUGAUACACUCUGAUCUUCGGCCCGAGAAUUUCUUAUUACACACUGUGGCUGGAAGCGAGCUCGAUCUUCUACUCUGUGACUUUGGGGGUUCAACAAAUGGAGAAAUAGAUGGUCUGCAUCUUCCUGACUCCGGAUUCUUUAAUCCUUGCGAUCGGCCCGAGUCGACGAAAAACACGGAUAUCUUCAGCCUCGGGUCCAUCUACUAUACGAUAAUGACUGGCCAUUGGCCCUACAGGUCCCCAGGCCCAUUAGAGUCUCUGGAGGAAAUGGAGAAAUACCAAGAACUAGUUGACUCUCUGUUUGCUUCCAAGAGGCUCCCGCCGGUUGACGGACUGAUAGCUGGACCCGUGAUACAACGAUGCUGGACAGGAGAAUACUCUGAUCUGGGGGCGCUCAUUGAAGACCAGUGUCAGCAGUUUGAGAAUUUUACGACUUCAACGCACUCGUAA